GUUUCGAACGAAAGUGAAUCCAAGCAGAGGAGCAACGGCGCCGUAUUGAUCCGAGAAAAGAGAGAAAAGGAGACGACUAAACACUAGUAGUGGGCAUCAUCUGAAACAGAACAUAAAAUAUCUUAUCGAUGGGGGGAGAAGAUGAAGAAACUCAGAAACUGAAGAAGAUUGCGGCGGCUUCUUAUGACUACGAAAACGAUCCCAAGUGGUCUGAUUACUGGUCCAACAUCCUCAUCCCUCCCCACUUGUCUUCUCGCUCCGAUGUUGUCGAUCAUUACAAACGCAAGUUCUACAAGCGCAACAUCGAUCCCGAUUUGAUCGUUGAACCUAUGCCUACAAGCAGCUCUUCUCAGACAACAAGGCCCUCUGCAUCAACAUCAUCGACUCCAAAUGGUCAGACACGACAACGCAACUCAGGCUCCACUAGUAGAGCACCAGGGACAUCUUCGGCUACGGCUUCCACUCCAACUUCUCUGCGUUUGGAUCAGCAAACCAUUAGUUUCUCGGUUAAUGCUUGGGUCUUUGUUGUGGCUGUGCUAGCGGUUUUUCCACUUGUGCCAAGAAGUCUCUCUGACAGAGCAUACAAGCUAGCCUUGAUGGGCACUGCAUGUUCUUCUCUAUAUUCUUUGUACUCCUCAUAUGGGAAACCAAGGGCAUGGAAUUUGCAAGCUAUGCAAGUCUGGUUCCAGUCAGUAAUUGCUACCAAAGAUUUUAUAUACUUUGUAUACUGCCUUCCUUUCGCCACUUCACAACUUACCCUCAAAUUUGCUUUGCUUCCUGUCAUGUGUCGGUCGGUUGAACACAUUGCAAAAUUCCUUAGAUCAAAAUUUAGCCACUCCUCACUUUAUAGGAAGUACUUAGAAGAGCCCUGCGUGUGGGUGGAGUCAAACACAGCUACCCUUGCCAUACUCUCUUCACAAGCUGAGAUUGGAAUUGGAUUUCUCUUAAUCAUCUCCCUUGUCUCAUGGCAGCGGAACAUUAUACAAACAUUCGUUUACUGGCAGCUACUAAAGCUCAUGUAUCAUGUCCCUGUCACUGGUAGUUACCAUCAAAGUGUGUGGGCGAGGAUUGGAAAGACGGUUAUUCCUUUGGUGCAUAGCUAUGCCCCGUUCUUGGACAGUCCGAUUUCUGCAGUGCAGAGAUGGUGGUUGAGGUAAAAGUUCCGGAAGAAGUUAGAAAGCAACACUUUCGUGUAGAAAGGAGUGGGCAGACCUUAAGACACAUGUAACAGUACGGUGAUUGCCACUGAUGGAUAUUCUAUAUCUGUUUUAAGUUGAAAGGGAUAAUUUUUCUAGAUAUUAAAACCAUAGUCUAGAAUUCUUCUGUUUAGUAAUAUAAAAUUAAAGGAGGUAUCUUUGAAAUGCUGA